AUGAAGGGCGAGCCCCCCCCCAGCAGCACCCUGAGCGUGGGCCCCCGGAAAAUGGUGGAGCAGCUGAAGAUCGAGGCCAGCCUGUGCCGGGUCAAGGUGUCCAAGGCAGCUGCAGAGCUCCUGAGCUACUGCGAGGCUCACGCCUGCGAGGAUCCCCUGCUCACCCCCGUCCCCACCUCUGAUAAUCCUUUCCGCGAGAAAAAAUUCUUCUGCGCCCUCCUCUGAACUCCCUCCCCAACCCGAUUUUGGGGGACCCUCCCCCCCACCAACAUUUCGGACCACCCCUAUAAAAAUUAGGGUCGAUUUUACCCCAAAAAUGAGGCGGAAAUGAGGGGGGGGGGUGUUUAGGAUAAAUUUUGGGGUUUUGGGGUCCUCCGCUGCUGGGAAAUCCCCCUUAAAUUGGGGACACACCCAGAGAAAUCCUUGGGGUGAUCCCAGCUCAGAACGGGGGGGAAGGGGUGGGGUUGAGGGGGUUUUGGGGGUCCCCCACCCUCCAAAAAGGCUUCAAGGAUGACUUAGGGAAGGUUCUGGAAUGGGGGGAAAGGGGGAGACCCCCUAAAAAUCACCCCCAAAUUCCCCUCCCACAUCAUUCCCCACACCCCUCCUCAAAAGUGGGGACCCCCCACCCCCAAACUUUAGGACAGGCCCAAAAAUUCAUCU